CGGUUUGCCCUUGAUUGGACCUUGUUUGCCGUACAACUCUCCGCGGAUUCAACGCUCGACACGACACUCAGUUUUCAAAAGCCGACGUGUGAACACGCGCGCCUCAACCUUCUCGGAAGCUAUCAGGCCAUAACGUUCGUCGUUCGUUCGUGAAUAAAAGUCUAACCAACUUACCAAAGCAACAUCAUGUCGAAGAUUGGAAUUAACGGAUUUGGCCGUAUCGGUCGUCUGGUGCUGCGCGCCUCCAUUGCCAAGGGUGCCCAGGUCGUGGCGAUCAACGAUCCGUUCAUCGGUGUCGACUACAUGGUGUAUCUGUUCAAGUACGACUCGACGCACGGUCGCUUCAAGGGUGAAGUGUCCGCCCAGGACGGUAUGCUGAUCGUCAACGGUCAGAAGAUUGCCGUCUACCAGGAGCGUGACCCGAAGGCGAUCCCGUGGGGUAAGGCCGGUGCGGAAUACGUCGUCGAGUCGACCGGUGUGUUCACCACCACCGAGAAGGCUUCCGCCCAUCUGGAGGGUGGCGCCAAGAAGGUCAUCAUCUCGGCUCCGUCCGCCGAUGCACCGAUGUUCGUCGUGGGCGUCAACCUGGAUGCGUACGAACCAUCGAUGAAGGUUGUGUCGAACGCUUCCUGCACCACCAACUGUCUGGCUCCGCUGGCCAAGGUUAUCAACGACAACUUCGGCAUCCUGGAGGGUCUGAUGACGACGGUGCACGCUACCACUGCCACCCAGAAGACUGUGGACGGACCGUCGGGUAAGCUGUGGCGUGAUGGUCGUGGUGCCGCCCAGAACAUCAUUCCGGCCGCUACCGGCGCUGCUAAGGCUGUCGGCAAGGUUAUCCCGGCGCUGAACGGCAAGUUGACCGGUAUGGCAUUCCGUGUGCCGACCCCGAACGUUUCGGUCGUCGAUCUGACGGUGCGUCUGUCCAAGCCGGCCACCUACGAUCAGAUCAAGGCUAAGGUGAAGGAGGCCGCCAACGGACCGAUGAAGGGCAUCCUGGACUACACGGAGGAGGAGGUCGUAUCGACUGACUUCGUCGGUGACUGCCACUCGUCGAUCUUUGACGCCAAGGCUGGAAUCCAGCUGAGCGACACGUUCGUCAAGCUGAUCUCCUGGUACGACAACGAGUACGGCUACUCGAACCGUGUCGUCGAUCUGAUCAAGUACAUGCAGACCAAGGAUUAAAUUCUGACGGAUGCUUUAAUGAGCUUGGGUGGGGUGG